UCAUCAUCGCCAGAGCUUCAAAGACACACAAACAUGGUCUACUUCCCAACCUCUUUCGUUGCCCUUGCAGCAUCUGCCUUCUUCCUCGCCCCGGCGGUGGCCCAUCCCGGCCAUGAUAUCUCGGAGGAACUCGCUGAGCGCGCUGCUUACUAUGCCAGCAACGACUUCAGAGGCCUCUCUCACUGCGCCGAAACCCUUAAGUCUCGUCAGCCAGCUAUGAUCAGUCGCCGCAAGGCUGUGGUUCAGGAGCUUCGCGAGAAGCGUGGCCUUGUCAAGCGCACCUUCGAGGACGUCUUGAACACUGACCAUCAUUCAAAUGCAUCUGUCACACCUGACAGCCCAGACGAUGUCAUCUUCUCCGGUAAUGCUUCGUGCAUUCUCCAGCCUGAGACUACUGAGGGUCCUUACUGGGUUUCCGGCGAGUACGUUCGCAAGGAUAUUACCGAUGGUAACCCUGGCGUACCGUUGAUUUACGAUGUUCAGCUCAUCGAUGUGAACACCUGCGAGCCAGUCCCACAGGUUGCUCUUGAGUCCUGGCACUGCAACAGCACUGGUGUGUAUGGUGGUGUCAUCAACCCCAGCAACGGCAACCCUGCCGAUGUGAGCAACCUCAACAACACCAUGUUUCGUGGUAUUCAGUUCAGCAACGAGAACGGUAUCAUGCAAUUCGACACCAUUUUCCCUGGCCACUACACCGGAAGGACUACUCAUAUUCACAUUAUGGCUAACAUCAACGCAACCAUCAACGAGAAGAACCAGACUCUGACUGGCGGGCACAUCUCUCACGUCGGCCAGCUCUUCUUCGACCAGAAGCUCAUCCACGAAGUCGAGGCCGUCGAAUUGUAUACGACAAACAAGCAGGUGCUACUACUCAAUGCCCAAGACAGCAUCUUCGCGAAUGAAGCCGCCAACUCCGACCCCGUGCUCAACUAUGUAUACCUUGGAGACAGCGUCGAGGAGGGUAUCUUUGGCUGGGUCACUGUCGGUAUCGAUCCCACUUCCGUCAUCCACCCUCGUCCUGCCGUCGGCUUCGGUGAGAAUGGCGGUGUGGCUAUCCCGGGUGGUGGACCGUCAAGGCCUUCGAGGUCGCCCGGUGCGCCGGCGCCGAGCCGUACCGCCGUUUGAAAGGGCUAUGUGGGCCAGGUCCAUGAUGAGGAUGUAAUCCUAGAGCGAGAAAACUGUGCGAGAUCGUAGUGAUAAAAUGUAGAGAUAGCGACGACAAGUAUUUCAUACAGGUUAUAACAGUCACACUUUCUCGCUUUUGUGCUCAAAG